GCAGAUUUCACCUGAAUUGCUAAUUUCAAGUUCAAAAUAAGUUUACUACCUACAGUAUUAACAAUUCAAGCAGUAUUUAUCCAUUAUUGAUUGUAUUAAUUAACAAAUUCGAAUAAUUAACAAAUAUAAUUUACUAAGGUUUUCGCUACAAGUUGCAAUAUUGGAUUCCAAACUUUACUAAAAAUGUUAGUGUUUAAUUUAAAUUAAAGGAAGUUGUUCUUAAAGCAUUGAGUUUUUGUUGUGUUGAUAAUUAAAUAAUAAUUUUAGUGUAUGAAAUUAAUUAUUAAUCACACAUUUUUUGUAACGAUAACAUCACUAAUCUUAGAUUUCAUGAGUCGAUAGUGUUUCGGUAGUAUUUUAGAUCAGAAUCUCACAAGACUAACUAAGAAUUGUGCCUUAACGUGCUUAAAACCUAGUGAAAAAUGCUUGGAUUCCUCAUAUUCGUGCCUUUAUAUAUUAUUCUGGCACUGGUGCUGGGAGCAUCCGUCACAGCGGGCAUUUGUAUACUGCAUGUGGCUGUGGCACCUCUGUUGUUUAGAUAUUCAAAAACAUUUAGAAGAAAUCUAGUAUUUGCUAAUAUUGCAAAAUGGCCUCUGAACGUAGAUUUCGACGAGCCUUCCACCUUCGUCGACGGCGCGAGAAACUUCAACAUCGAAUAUCAAUCCAAAGUUGACAAUUGUAAAAUUAAAAUUGGUGUAUGGCACAUACUACCAAAGAGUCUGUAUGAAAAGAACAAAGGCUAUUUUGAAUAUGAAACUGACAAGGAAAAGUUGAGUGCGCUACUCGAUUGUGAGUUAGCCAAGUCGAAGCUGCCCAUAAUUGUCUACUGUCAUGGUAACUCGAACACGCGCGCGGCAGCACAUCGAGUGGUUCUGUAUAAGUUUUUCCAAAAAAUGGAUUUUCACACCAUCGCUUUUGACUAUAGAGGUUAUGCAGAUUCGACGAAUGUGCUUCCAACCGAGGCUGGUGUGGUGGAAGACUCUCUAGUAGUGUACGACUGGCUUAACACUACAGUUGGCAAGGCGGACACCAAACCACCUGUGUUUGUGUGGGGACAUUCGCUAGGCACCGGUAUAUCUUCUCACCUGGUGGGCAACUUGCAGCGUUUGUCGAAGCAAGUGCUGGGACGCUCCGAGCCACUGCCGCCGCCUAACGGACUGAUACUGGAGGCGCCUUUCAGCAAUUUAGCAGACGAAGUCGGGUACCAUCCGCUAGCUAAGUUGGUGCGCUGGCUGCCGUACUUCGACGCGACGUUCGUGUCGCCGUUCCGCGCCUGCGCCGAGCACGAGUUCCGCUCGGACGCGCACCUGGCGCUCGCGCCCGCCACGCCUGUACUCAUCCUGCACGCCAUGGACGACGUCAUCGUGCCGCAUUGCGUCGGGAAGAAGUUGUACGAAGCGGUGGUGGCGUCGCGCGGUGCCGGCGACGCGCCUAUCACGUUCCACUCGUACCCCAAACAGGACCGGCUGGGCCACAAGGACAUCUGCCGCGCUAAGGACCUGGCGCAGGUCGUCGGGGACUUUGUGAAGAGCCACCGCUAGAGAUAGUCCAAGAGACCAGUACACAAAUAGUUAGCCAGUAAUACAAACAGUCCAUGAGACGACACAAUUAGUUCGCUAGUAACACAAACAAUUACGCUUAAGCUCGGUGAUGCUCUCUGCAAGUGCUUAAAAGGCAUUUUAUUAUUUAUUUUAUUUAUUAUUUUUAAUUUACCUGGGUAAUUAUUGACAUAAAGUGAUUUGUAAUUUAAAUAAAAGUUUUUUAUUUCA